AUGUUCAGCAUGAAGUUCAAAUGCGGUACAUGCACAACGACUUGGAGUAACCGUAUGUCCCGUGAUCAACAUGUGGUCGCUAAAGGGCAUGUAUUCCAUGAAUUCGAAUGCAGAAGUUGCGGCCGCUGCCUGAAGAACUCGAAAGCCUUGACUCAACAUCGAAAUGACCUUGGACACUGGGAGAACUCUGUUUCAACAUCAUCUAAGGAGGAAGAGGACAGCGAUUUCGGUACCGAUGAGCCUGGAUUUACGGAGUCAUCUGUGCAAGGGGAAUCGUCUGGCAUAAUUCCAAGCAUAAUGGCACCCCUAGUCUAUAAGGGCGGAAAAUACCUUGACAAUGAAUCAGCAGACGACAUGGAUGCAGCUGAUAUCCAUAUGAGAUACCUCAACUUUGACCCCGCCACACAGCAACAAGACGAGAUUUUUUUCAGCCCUCUUCUCAACGCCGCGCUUGUGGACAACUCCUCUCAUUUACAAUUCGGCCUCUUUGGUGGCAACAUGCCGAACAGCCUUCCACUUUCUCACACUUCACGAAUCUUUUAUAAUGUAACCUGCCCUUCCAGCAUUUUCAUCUGUGGCAGCCAAGGCUCUGGCAAGAGCAACACGCUUGCGUGUCUUUUGGAAAACUGUCUGAUUCCCAGCAGCCUCGGAAGGCUACCGCAGCCACUUACUGGUAUUGUAUUCCACUUCGAUACUUUUACGUCAGAUUCUGGUGGCCUUCCUUGCGAGGCAGCGUUCUUGGCGUCCGACAGUGGGACUUCAGUCCGAGUUCUGUGCGCUCAAACAAAUGUGCGGACCAUUAAGGCUAUUUACAAAAAGAUUCCCCAAGUCACUGUUAUGCCUCUUGAACUGAGUGAUGACGACCUGAAUACUCGGAGGAUGUUCGACCUGAUGGCAGUCGAGGACGGUAGCAUGCCGCUUUAUCUACACGUGGUCAGCCGAAUCCUUCGCGACAUGCGUCUAGAACAGCAAAUCAAUGGAAAAGGAUUUAGCUACGCCUCUUUCAAGAAGAAAAUAAGUCGUGCAGAUCUGACGCCAACGCAAUUGGGGCCCUUGAGUCAGCGCCUCGAUACUCUGGAAAGUUUCAUGACCAGUGACAAGACGCAAACCAAGAGAAUUGAUUGGAAGCCAAAGGCUGGGCAACUGACUGUCGUCGACUUGUCUUGUCCUUGCAUUACAGCAGAAAUGGCAUGCUUGCUUUUCAACAUUUGUCUUUCACUUUUCUUAGAACAGAAGUCCAACGUGGGCAAAGUUGUUGCGCUCGACGAAGCACACAAAUAUAUGCAGGAAUCACCCGAGAGUAAAACGCUUACGAAUUCCUUAUUGGCCACCAUUCGACUCCAGCGACACCUCGGUGUCCGUGUGUUCAUUUCAACUCAGGAACCCACCGUAUCGACGAAGCUACUCGACUUGUGCUCGAUGACUGUAGUUCACCGAUUUACUUCACCGGACUGGUUACGGACGCUACGAAGCCAUCUCGCUGGAGUUCAAGCUGUACCAACCACUGCGUUGGAGCAGAGAGGUCUUAGUGUGGGUGCAAGUCCCAUCGCUGUUGAUGAAAAGAACCCAGCAGGCGAUUUGUUCACGAGAAUUAUGUCACUGCAAACAGGGCAGGCUUUUGUGUUUGCACCCUAUGCAAUCAUGGAAUUAAGCACAGAUGAAGAAGAAGGGAGGACCGCCAUUGAGCGAUUGCGUCAUCGGCCGCUCAAGGUCAAAAUUCGGUCACGGCUAACAAUAGAUGGCGGGAAAACGAUAAUGAGCUAA